AUGCCGUUGGAUCUGGAGGAGGAACGGUACAUCCACGAGGACUUGGAGCGUCUUGAGCAGGGCAUCGCAGACCGACUGCGCGAUGAUCCCAAGCACAUCCGAAAUCGCCUCAACCGGGACCAUGAGAUUGCACAGUUGCUGGAGCAAAUGCAGCAGCAGUCUAGAAACCUAGCUCGAAUCUACAAGGAUGGUGCCAAGACAAAGGAGCGCGAGCUCGAGCAGUUGCAGACGGGCGAUCCGUUUGCCCAGUUCUACAGCCAGCUCAACGAGCUGCGAGAGCACCAUUCCAGAUACCCCAAUGAGCAGGCAGAAAACUCGGAGAUGCGCUACAAGCCAAAGCAGUCUGGCGAUGGCACAGGGCAGAUGCCGUCCAUUGUCGAAACGCUCUUCUCUGGAGAGGAAGCGUACGGCCGGUUUUUCGACCUGAAUAUCUGCCACGAGGCGUUUCUCAAUCUGCCCAACGUCAAACGACUCUCCUAUCUGCAGUACCUCGAAAGCUUUGACAACUUUGGUCCCGGCUACGGUGGCCUCAAGAGAGUCGAGAAACUCACGGAUCAGUACUUCAAGUAUGUUGGUGAUCUCGCCGACUAUCUUAGGUCGUUUCGGGAACGAACCCGCCCCCUGGAGGAUACCAAAAAAGUCUUGGCCGAGUUUGACCAAGAGUUCGAGACGGCUUGGAACAAGGACGAGGUUCAAGGCUGGCAGCUGGAAACACCCUCGACGACCGGGGCAUCCAAAGACCCAAACAAUGUCACGGGUGUGUGGUGUGCCGACUGCGAAAAGGUGUUUACGAACAAAAACGUGUACAAAGGUCACCUUACCGGAAGAAAGCACAAAAGGGCUGCCGAGCAGAGAAAGAACCGGCAAGAAGCCGAUGAGCGCGCCAUCGCGGAGCGCGAGUAUCGUGUCAAGCGUCUUGCAGCUUCGAUGAGCACUGAGCGAAGUGACACUCGUGUCAACGUGGAGCGCAAGCAAGGAAUGACGGAGCGCGAGCGCCAGCAGGAACUCGAUAACCUCCUCAACGUCUCCGAGGCGCCCAAGGCAGGAGCUCAAGGCGAGGAGGAGGACGGCGAAGACGGCGAAGAGAAGAUUUACAACCCCCUCAAGCUGCCCCUGGCGUGGGAUGGCAAGCCCAUUCCGUUCUGGCUCUACCGACUGCACGGGUUGGGCGUGGAGUUCCACUGUGAAGUAUGCGGCAACUUUGUCUACAUGGGACGGCGGGCCUUUGACAAGCACUUUGGCGAGCCCCGACACAUCUACGGCCUCAAAUGUCUGGGAAUCACCAAUGUGACCCUGUUCAGAGACAUCACCAAGAUCGAAGAGGCACUGAAGCUGUGGGACAGGCUCAAGCAGGAGGAGCAGAAGUCCAAGGUGGACGAGGGAAGUAUCGUGCAGAUGGAGGAUGGCGAGGGCAAUGUCAUGCCGGAGAAGGUCUACAACGACUUGCAGAAGCAGGGCUUGCUUUGA